AGCUGCCAAGUUGCCAGGGUCAGUGGCGUCAAGGUAGUAGUUUGGGAAGGAGUGUCGGCACCGUCUCUGCGCCUAUAUUGCGUCUUCGCUGUACCUGUAACGUGACUUCACUACCUGCCAUUUAUUAUUGUAGUGUAUCAACUUAGAGGCGCUGUGAUUUAAUUUAUCCAUUACUAUUCUUUGCAUGGCUGUGGACAACGAUACAUGAUUUAACGGCACAAACAUUCCCCGCCAUUGCAUUGUUUUGUCAAGUGUAGCGUACCCUUGAUCAAGUAAAUCGUUCGCCAGUGGUGUACACAAUCAUCUGCGUUGGGUGACUUGAUGUAGUAUUUGACCUCAGUGUCGGUGAUGGGUUUGAAGUAUCCGGUGAUGAAUAGUGGUGGUAAGGGUGGGAUGCAGCCUCGUUACAUUACGCUGCUCCAUCACAUUUGUUUGACAGGGCAAGGCAGGCAACACGUGUCAUCUUCCUCACUACGCACACAGCUGUUGGCCCGACUGUUAUUAGCCCACCACCAGCGUCGUCGCCGCCGCUCGCCUCACUCAUCAACACACCCCUACCAAGAUAAUCCCGCCCGCUAUCACAAACACGCGUCUGUCAAACGUUCUUCACGGCGGCCAACGUCUCGUCAACGUUCCAGGGGCUCGAACCUCGCCCCUGCUGCCACUAAUUCCAUAUUGCCCAAACCUGAAGUUCUCGGAAACAGUAGUACAGUCACCACUACCGGCCUGGCCACCAGUCCGGUCAGCACCUCACCUACCAGACCGGCCAAGAGCCCCCGUGUAGGCCCCGUCCAGUACCAGACAGCCAGGGGGAAGACUAGUGCAAGAUUCAGGUACUGGUGGGUGAACCAGCUGACCCGCAUCUUCUUACAGGAAGGGGCCAGUGAUGACGAACACAACAACAAGGAGGCCGAGGCAGCUACUGACGGCGGCGCUGCUGCUUCCUCCACUAGUGGCAGCAGCAAUAGCAGUAGUACCAGCAGCAGCAGGAACUCAUUCCCUCUUGGUGAUGGGAUCAGUGCGUGCAGUAGCAGCAUUGACAGCUGCAGCAGUAACAACAAAGUGUCUUCACUGUCAUCACCCCACAGUACCUCAGCAGUCACCACCCUCGCCAGCACUGGCAUGGGAAACCCCUUUGCCAGAGCAACACCUCAGGCCACCUGGGGCUCCGAGUCUUCCGACCACCGGCCCAUCUUGGCCCCUCCAAGAUUAAGUCCACAUUCAGACUCAGGUGGACCUCCAGUUAUUCGACAGUCAGCCUUAGGUUCAAGUCGGGUAGUUAGCUCUAUGAGAAGUACAUCCAGUCUCUUCACGCCCCCAACAGUAACUGUCACGGGUUCAUCACCGCCACAGUCAAGCAAGUCGGAGUUUAAGUUGAAGCCUUCAGUGCUCGGAUCUGCAAAUCCUUUUUCCAGAACACCUGACCCGGGGGAUAAAGCAGAUUCGGCAAGUGGAUCAGACGAUGGAGUUCCAGGAACCACAGCCGAAUCAUCAUCGUUUCAAGCGUCGGGUCAAGACGUCUCUUCGUCAACUUCUACGGCGUCCUCCCACACGUCUCGAGCAACGUCCUCGGGGGUAAAAGAGGACAGAAGAGGGGCGGCUCGGCCAUUGCCGGCCGAACUUCACACGAACAACAGCGAGGACAGUAAUGCCUCUAGUAACAACACAUCCAGUAGUAAUUCAAGAAAUUUGUUCCUUCCCCUCGCACGUAAUGGAGAUGGUAAAGAUGGCUCUGGGAGCCCCAACGUAGGUAGCAACAACUUCAUCUUCGGGCAGAACCUGCAGUCUAAAGUUGCGGGCGCCGAGAGUUCAGUCACGUCCUCGUCUGAUGCAGCAAGAACCACAAACGGAGAAAAACAAACUGGCAACCUGUUUUCUGAAGCUGCCAGCGAAAUAUCACGGUCCACAGAUACUACCCCCAGCAUUGCCACCACCAAUGGGAGGCCAGUCACAGGGAAUCUCUUCUCAGAUGCUGUGUCAGAAAUUUCAUUGCCAAGUGAGGAUAGUUUAUGGACCAGCGGACAGUCCCUGGAGGAGUCAUCACGGGAACUCACGGAAAAAGAGAAGAGCCAGAAACGCAAAUUCGACCAUGUAGAAGUUAUCACCGGAGAGGAGAGCGAGUCUAAUGUUCUACAGAUGAACUGUAAGCUGUAUGCCUGGGUGAGUGGGUCAUGGCAAGAACGGGGUCGAGGCAUCCUUCGCCUCAACGACUGGGAUGCAGGCCACGAGAUACACUCACGUCUUGUCAUCCGAACACAAGGGACCCUAACUGUGAUGCUUAACACUAAGGUUUGGGCAGAGAUGUCAAUUGAGAGAGCCAGCAGCAAAAGUGUGAGAUUCACUGCACUAGAUGCUGAUGGCCAACCAAAAAUCUUCCUUGCUAUGGGAAGCCCCAAGGAUGUGGACUUAUUAUACAACUCACUAGAGUGGAGAGUGGCCUCCUCGCGCUCUCACACUCAUGAUGAAGGGAACACCGCUAGUGCAAAGAAGCCCAAGUUAGAUGAAACAGGUUCUGCAAAAGUGACUUCUUAAAAUAGUUAAAUAUGUGGUCAAAUCUCAUCAGAGAAACAUGCAGAUCCCUAGUUUAAGGUUCAGCAAGAUUGUGAAAGACAGUAGUGAAAUGUGAGAAUGUUUACAAGUAAUGUCAGUGCAAAUGAAGAAAUAAUUUGAAUAAUCAAUUGAAAUGAAUUUAUAGAGUGAAAGUGCUCCAGUCACCCUUUUCGUAUUCUUGCGGUGAGCACUGAUGUGUUAGCAUCCAAUAGGAAGUAUUUGUAUGGAAAAAUAUAUAAGAUUUUUUCUGUAAAGAAGUAAUUGUUUCCCCUAGUGAAUUAGAGAACUUAUGCCGAUAGAAACGAGUGUUGACACAUUUAUUCUCAAGAUGAACAGGCAGUAUUGCGAUCAGUGGUGCCAUACAUACUUGACCAAUGAUGACUGGUUGGUGUCUGGCUGGUCAACGUGUAGCCACUUAUGACUGGCGCUUGAUUGGCUGGUCAAAAAGUAGACAUUAACUACUAGCUUGUGAUAGGCUAGCCAGCAGAUUGAUUUUGAUGGCUGGCUUACAACAAUUGUCUGGUCAGCAGGUCAGCAUUGUUGGCUAGCAUUUGAAUGGUUGGUAAAUAUGUAAACACUAAUGACCAGCUGGUAGUCAACGGACACUCGGUAACCAGGUAGCCAAGUUCCUCAACUGAUCGAAGUACAAAGAUGAUCAAAGUACGAGGAUGAUCAUAGUUUGAAUGUGAUCAAAGUAUGAGGAUGUACUGAAUGACAUAGUUUUCUGGCGUUAACAUCUGUGUUGUGUCUUUUGUCAGUACAUUGCUUUUGUGUUUAAUUGAAAACAAAAAGUAGGGAAACAUUUUGUAAGUGCUUUUUAUUAAGCAUGUGCUGUAAUGUUAUCUUGAGCUGAAUAUAAGAUUUCAGCAGUCACUAAGAUACAUGAUCUGAUGGCAAGUGUUUGCUCCUGACCUAAAUAUUGGUGUAAUUAUUGUUGGUGAGACGAACCUGCUGUUAUGACAGGAAGGGGAGUCAGUAUAUUACACAGAACAAAAGCCAGAUGGAAAACAUAUUACACCAUUAAGGAGUGGACCAAGUUGUAAGUUAAUUAUUAUUUGUGAAGACGGAUCCAUUUUUUGGUCAUAUUGACCUAAGCAAAUUGAAUUUCAAGGUGAAAAAUAAUACACAAAGUUUGAAUCAGUAAUUCAUUAUCCUGUUUCUUUAAAUAGUGUAAAUAAUGUCUUUGAGUCGCAAGUUAAAUCACAUCACCAAAAAUUACACACACUGCAAGUUUUACGUUACGUGUGAGAGGAAAGCUUCAAGGAAGUUUUAUGUAAAGUACAUAAAUUUUGUAUAUUAUUAAACCCUUCAUUACUAUAACCAAAACAUUGCCAGUCGAUCAGCUCCUCCCACACAACCGACUAAGGAUAAUUUUUAAGUACAGUCAUCUCCCAAGCUAAAGAUAUUAAUGUCAAAACAUUAUGGAAUUUGUAACUUAUGACCAUUAAAUCUGGGAUACAUAAUCAGAAUUUAAUCAAAUGGAAAUGCAACACAAAACAUCACAUUUUGCUGUUAUAAUUUUUUUUUUUUAUGAUUCAUCUUAGCAAUCAUCUCUCAGUGUUUCACAUUUGUACUCUCUCUGUUAGUUUGAUGUGAACACAGUUAACUUGGCAUGCUUUGAGUACACAGUACAGUAAAGUAUGCUCUCGGUUCUCACACGUGUAAUAUUGAAGACUGCAGUGCGCCACCCUUGUUUAAUAUGUCUAGAAAGGACCAGUAAGUGCUUAUGGCGACAUUGGAGCAAAAAAAAGCCUGUCGUGUCAUUAUCUUUAUGUAAAAUUAGUAAUGCUAUAAAGGUUUGAUGCAGGUGAAAUACUUGGUCAAAUCUAUUCCACUACAGUACCAACUCACUUCGAUCAUCAUUAUUUCUGUUAAAUUGAUUUCACGACUUUUGUGUACAAUAUUAAUAUCUUAAAACAAUAAAAUUUCCAUUUAA